UUUCGAUAGAAAUAUUUAGCGCAAGGGCAGUUUAGUCAUUUUUCAACGUCGGAAUAGGUCGAACAAGUGGGCGGAACAAUCAUGCCUAAAGAAAAGUCCUCCAAACGAGUGAACUGCGAUAUCCUGUUCGACAACAAUCCGAACGGUAUCUUCAAGGCUGGUGACGCGGUGUCUGGUUCAGUUACCUUGACGUUGACCCAGCUGAAGAAAGUGCGAGGGGUAUGUCUACUCAUCACGGGAUUUGCUGAAACGUUCUGGACCAGCAAGGUACCGCACGGUCCAAACAACAAGAAAACCAAAGCUCAGUUUAAAGGACGUGAAGAUUUCAUUGCGCAAAAGUCAUACCUUGUGGGAUCUGAAACGGGAAAUCCAAUUGACCUACCAAUCGGAACAAGCAAUUACACGUUCCAGCUGAACAUCCCACAAAAUGUUCCAACCUCUAUGGAAGGAAAGUACGGCCACGUACGGUACGUUGUGAAGGUAACCCUGGAGCGACCAUGGAAGCACGAUCAGAACUUCCAAAUGCCGUUCACCGUACUGGCUAAGGUUGAGUUUGAUGAAGGCAAUGCCGCGCUAGCAAGACCGAUCAAAGUCGAGGACCAGCUAAGAUUCUACUGCUGGAUUUGUCGAUCGGCUCCACUGAUGGUUACGGCAACAAUCCCCAGAUCGGGUUACGUACCAGGAGAUACAAUCAAGGUUGUCCUUGCAGUAAACAAUCUGAGCAAGGAAGAUGUUUCGGAAAUCGUCGUCAAGUUUCAAAAGGUGAUCACAUUCAUGAGCCAGGUUCAGGUCGUUGAAGAGACGCAGCUGUACGCCGAAAGCAAGAUGAUCAAGUACGAAACGCUGGAAAUCCAGAAGACCCUGCCGGUCGCCAGACUCGCCAACGAGACAUUUGAGAAACAUUUUUCCCUGGGUCCCAUCACUCCAACGGAGGAUAGAAACAGCAAAAUCAUCAAAAUCGGCUACGAAUUGGACAUUCUGGUGAGACCAAAACUUUCAACGAAAAAAAUCGAACUGGUGAUUCCGGUGGUGAUCGGAUCGGCCGGAUUGAAAACGGAAGAAGCGAUAGAAUUUGCCCGGUCCACCGGAAUCGACAAGUUGGCCGCUGGGUUGGAGCGGGAGAACCCGUCCGCUCCGCCUCCGCCGUAUUACGAGAAUGAUACGGGUGAUCUGUACCCGGCCAGUUCGCUGCAGAAGGCGUACGAGCGCGAGUUGAGCAGUGAGGAGUGCGAUGAGCGGGAUAAGUAUUGAAUUUGAGCAUGUUUCAACAACAUUAUUGUAUUAAAUAAAGAACAAUGAAAAUUA